AUCAUUCUGCCCGUUACAGAGCACACUCCUUUUGUAAGGCGCUCCGGCGACGGCUCUGAGGCGGGAGCUUUGAUGCCGUUAUAGGGCCCCCAAGGCAAGAUACCCACCACAGAGUGAAGAAUGGAGCCUAAUUCAUCUAAACCUAAAGUUCCUGCGUUCCUCUCGAACCUGGGGAAGGCCACUCUGAGGGGGAUCAGAAAAUGCCCGCACUGUGGGACCUAUAACGGCACUCGAGGCCUGAGUUGCAAGAACAAGAGCUGUGGGACGGUUUUUCGCUUUGGGAAACAGCCAACCAAAGACGCUGUGAAGCUGGUUACGGGGUCUGACAUGCAGAUCUUCUCUGUAAGACAAAGAGAUAGGGGAAGUGACCACAGGUGCCUAGUGGUGAUGGGGAUGUCAGAGACUACUAUCCAAACAGCAGAAGGGGCCAUAUUCACCCAUAUAAGUUCAGGCCGCUGCUUUGCCCCUUCUUGUCUGAAAGUGGCAGCCCGUGGGGUUGUGGUGACCGAAUGCCAGCAUGUUAAGUUGACUAUGAACUGCCAAAACGAAGCUGAGCCUUUGCCCCUUAAAAGCACUGUACUGAAUUCCAUGCAGAUUCCAGCUGAGACUAAGCAAAGUAUCUGGCAACUGGCUAAUGAGCCAGCAGGGCCGCUGGUCCAGAGGGUAACCAAGUCGAUUCUAGUGGUUCGGUGCAAACCUAACCAGCAGCACAGUUUGGGGUAUGUCCAUGUGACCUUUACACAAAAGACUAAUUCACCAAGGGAGACAGGUCAUGUAUUUACGUGCUCCUGCCAGUCUCCAAAAGCCUCCAAAGGAGUACAACCAAAAUCUGAUUCCCAGGAGAAGUGCAUCCACUAUUACGCCUGCCUGGGGGCCUUUGCAAGCGAUGAUGCCCUCGCCGAAGAAUUCACAGAGUAUUUCUGCUACUUAUCUGGAGGUCUAAAGGAAGUGACUAUUUUGGCAACAGAGUGCAAGGUGGAAACAGAAGUGCGUGUUCAGGAACAGGCGCCUGCAGCGUUAAAACCCAAGAAACGCAAGAAGGAUGAUGGCCCCGGUACAAAUACAGCUGGUCAGGAACCUGCACUCAACAGCCUGAGGAAAGGUGCUUCCAAAAAGCCUGCAAACAACUCAACAAAGAGGCAAGGGUCUACUCAACCGAUGGAUGAGGCUCAGGUGUCUUUGUCUUUCCAGGACUGGCUGGCCAGUGUGACAGAGCGAAUUCACCAGACCAUGCAUUACCAGUUUGAUGGUAAACCAGAGCCUCUGGUAUUCCACAUUCCCCAGACUUUCUUCGACGCUCUUCAGCAGAGGAUUUCAAUGGGGAGCACACGGAAGAGACUUCCCAACCAUACAACCGCUUUUGUCCGCAAAGAUGCUCUUCCCCUGGGAACCUUCACAAAGUACACAUGGUUCAUAACUAGCAUGGUACACGUUAAACAGAUAUUUGACACGCCAGAGAUGCCCCUAGAAAUUGUGCGCACUUUUGUCCAGAACAGAGAUGGAACAUAUGAGCUUUUCAAAUCUCCCAAGGUCGAGGUUGAAAGCAUCGCUGAAACCUAUGGUCGAAUGGAGAAGCAGCCUAUACGGCCCUUAGAACUGAAAACAUUUCUGAAAGUUGGCAACACAUCCCCAGAAGAGGAUCCUACCCCAUUCACCAUUGAGUGGAUUCCAGACAUCCUCCCCAUGUCCAAAAUUGGAGAGCUAAGGAUCAAAUUUGAAUAUGGACACUAUCGCAAUGGGCCCAUGAAUGAGUUCCAGGAGCCGUCCCCCAACCUUGAGCCCACGCUAGAGAUCACACCACUUACUACCAUCACAUUUGACUGAAAGUGAAUUUAAGGUUCAUUCGGAUCUUAUAUGAUAGCCAUUAUGGUCUGACAAACUGAAAUUAAAUGGGAU